AUGAAGUUCACCACCGCUAUCGCCGCUGCCCUCCCCAUGCUGGCCGCCGCUCACCCUACCGCCCGCGACCCCCACGACUUUCUCGAGCUCAACCUGCCGCAGCCGCACAACUACGUCGCCAACGAGAUCUUUGCGGGCCAGGAAAUUAGCAAGCACAUUGCGCGCGCGCCCGGUGACUGGUACACGGAGGAGGAGUGGGCCAAGUACGCCAAGUCGCUCUGCUACGAUACGCCGGGCUGCACCACUGUCAAUGCCUAUCUCUUCGGACCGUCCGGUGCGCUGAACGGUACGGGGGACGAGACGUACUGGUUCGCCUACCCCUACGCUGGUCCUACCUCGACUAUAAAUGAUUGGGUUCACCUUGAGGCUCCCAUUUCUCAUCAGCGCAUGUUUACAUCCGUCGUUGAAUAG